GAGCCUAACUUGUUGCACUUCCGGUCAAGCGCGAGGUUAGAGAUAUUUAAAAUGUCAGCACGGACAAACAUUGCUGACGAAGAAGACUGGAGUGAUUUAGAUGAAUCAUCCAUGAUAAAGAUAGAUGGAGGUAUUGACGAGCAUGAUGAAACAAGUGGACUAGAACUUAAAAAUAAUAAAAGCAACAAAGAUUUUCAGAAGUCUGAGCAGCAGGUAAAUGGCUCAUCAACUAAAAUCUUAAGCACUAAAAGAGGUGUGUGUAAGCAGGCACCACCUCCUUUGAUACAGUUCUGCAGGUCUCGCUACCUCUGUGUAACAGACAUCACACAACAGCUAUGGUGUGAGCAGCAACUGCAGUAUAGAAUGAUGGGGGUUGAGCCAGGGUUGACAGAUAUGCAGGAGAUUGAGGCUGGGGACGUGCCUUUGUCUGUUAAAGAUAAAGAGGAAGUCAAAAAAGGAAAGUCACUUCAUUAUGCUAGAGAACUAGAAACUCACGAUGUUGUGGAUGUCAAAAUUUCAUCAAACACUGACAAAUGGGCCUUGAACAUUCUAAAUUUGCUGGUGGCCAUGAGAGGAUUUUUUUCUGGAAUUGCUAAAGCUAGAGAAGUCCCAAUCUUUGGGGACCUUGGCACCGGCGACAUGCUGUUUGGAAUUAUUGAUGAGCUCCACUUUGAUGAAAAAACCUACAGUCUUCAUCUGCUAGAAUUGAAGACAAGGAAAAGCACAAGACUUCCAGGGGUGGCUCAAGCGAAACAAAAUGCACUCCAGGUGCAAAUCUACAAGAGAUUGUGGGACAACUUAGUUAAGGGGAAUAUGUCAGCAGAUUUCUUCUUGAAGAAGCUUUGCCUUGAAGAUUCAGCUGACUUGCCUCUCAGUGAUGAAAUUAUAAAGCACAUGGACCAGUUGCCAAUGUCAACAGUCUCUCUUAGAAACCUUUUUUCUCUGUUGCUCUCCACUGCUCAGAGUCUGGUUUGUAUUGGCUCUAUGUCUAUUGAAUACGUUCACCAAGACACACAUGAUUUGAUUGGUCAUGUGGAAGUCAAGGAAGAGGAAGAUUGGAUGUGGCAGACAGUUCUGCAUUCCUUAGAGUUUUGGCAUGGACAGAGAGAAUGUGAAGGAGUAGAAGUAGAAGAGGCAUGGAAGUGUGGCAUGUGUGAAUAUGGAAAUAUCUGUGAGUGGCGAAGGAAGAAAAUUUCCAGCCAUAUACAAAAGUAAUUUUAUAAAGUUUUGGGUUUAUCACAAUUUUUAAUGUCUUCCUUAAGGUAUAUGACCUUUUGGUCUUCCGUCAUUUUAUAGUACUCUUAAAAAUUCUGCAUAGCAAUAAAAUAUUUAUGUAUGAGAACCUUCAUUCAUUUUAAGAAAGUCAAUUUUCUUUAGAUUAUUCAGUAUAAGAUACUUUAACCAGUACAGAAUUUUAACUACCUAUAGGUUGGCAGAAGCCAUCUGCCAAAGACCUGGGUUUCAAAAUCUUAACAACAGAGACAAAGUUUUUUUUUAAGUUCCCCAUUCUGCUGCCGGGUGAUUAAUUUACUUCAUAAAUAUAGCUUCUGGUACAUUAAAACUCAAAAAACUACUGUUCUGUGUGUCUUCAUUUUUGGUAGGCGCAGGAGACUUGAGAUUUUGUUAAGAAAUGUGAGAAAACUAUAAAACGUUAACAUGAAAAAACAUACAGUAAGAUGGCUGGGAACUUUUUGUUUACGUUGCAGCAAGACUUCUAUAGAGGCUGCAAGUUAAGCCAUUGUGUGUGUUAUUGAAAUCUUACAGUCAUUCAAGUUUUUCUCCAGGACUUUGACAUGUUAAAGAAGUUGAUCGCUUGAUACACUUUAGUGACACAUUCACUCGUCCAAGAUGACUUUCUUUUUCAGUACUGCUAUCUGUGAAGGUCAUGCAGGCAAAAAAGAUAUAGUCAUAAUCCUAAAUUAUUAUUAACAUGACCACACUAUGAGCGUACAUAAGAUUAUGAAUGCAACACCAAUAACAUUCACAUUACUUGUACACAAAAUGUGCAAUACACAUUCAAGCAUAGGUGAACACAAUUGCGAAACAGAUGUAGAAGCAGAUUCUGCUUUCAUUUUAGGCUUUUUCAAGAAAAAUACCCAAACACUGCAAACCAACUGCAUCCCACUUUAUUAUGUACAGAUUAUCAAACCAGAAGGUAUUCCUGUACCUGAAGAUUUACACCUAUUGACCAAACUCCCAGUGUUUUAUUGUGUAAGCAAUUUCUGUAUUUGAUAUGUUGAAAAUAAUCUUUCCAGUUAUUAAUUACCAAUAAUUUUCAUCCCUGAAGAAAAAUAAAUUAACAAAACUGAACUGUUUGAUACUAAAGGCACUGACAAUUUCCUGGUAACACAAUAAGAUUAGAUAGCACCAAUGGUAACUGCUGCUAGUGUAAUUGACCCAAGUGGCAGUCAGGUGACUGAACUUUACAGUAUGACUGGCAAGAAACUAAAUUUCUGUGAGCACUCACAUUGGAGUGAACAUUUCCAUAUUGAUUGCUGAAAUGUAGCCUUAAAGCUGUCGGCUCUUACCAAAGAUGCCAGAGCAAAGGCUGUUGAGAUCAAGAAAACCUAUUAUUUAACAAAAUGCUCCCAAGGCAGCCCUAUGCUCCUCAAGGAGUAAUAAGGAAUAAACUAAAAACUAAUGCUCCCAAAAAUAGAUGACGGCUGAAAAUACCGAAAGAAAUCGUCACAAAGUGAAAUUGUCUUAUUUUUCAGUUUUUUCUUGAGACUAAAAAUAAUGUUAUUUUCAUCUCUCCAUGGUUAUAUUCUUCCAAAAUAAAAACCAAUAAAAAUCAGAAUAUACAUGCAAUGAAUACUUAUGAUUCUUCUACACACACAUUUUCACAUAUCACAAAAAAAUAUAUUAGGUGCACUCUCCUUGUUUUCUUCUUUUGCAUCUUUGAAAGGCUUGUAAAAGAGAAACUAUGUAUGUGCAUAGAGUGAGUAAAGAUACAGAGAUCAACAUUUUUAUGUAUGCUUGUAACCUGAAGUUUAUGUUGAUUGUCUAAAUAAAAGAACACACACAAAAAUAAAAUAGAGGUGAUUGGUUCUCUUAUAAACAAAAAUUAGUGCAUAAUUAUGCAUUUGCAGAUGAGUUCUAUUUGGGAAUGUCACCAUUAGUACAAAUUCAGUAGAAAAAAAUGCUCUAUAUUAAGAGCCAUAAACUCCACUCGUGAACA